AUGGUUCGCGAUCCGGUUGAGCGUUUUGUUUCGUUGUAUGGGGAUAUAUGCGAAAAGCAUGAUUGGUGCGGCGAAAGAGACAUUCACUCGUUCGCGCGUUGGGUUUACGAUUUUCAGAGGCAUGACGGGAAAGCAAAGACGAAAAAACAGAGACAUAUUUUGUAUCAUUCAUGGGCACAAACGAGAUUUUGUGGAGUCAAAAACAAAGACAUCAUUUUGGUACACCAUUCACAUGACAAGGCAAAGAUGAAACGCGAAUUUAUGAAACUCUUCAAAAAAGCGCAUGUGCCUAAGCACGUGGCCGCGAAUGCUCUCCGUCACCUCACCAAAUCGAGUACAAGAGACGCUGCUCGGAACUCAUCUCACAAACGAGAAUUGAUUCAAAAAGUGAAACGAAACCCGCAAACAAUGCAAUAUUUGAGAGCUAUGUACUUUGAGGAUUUCAAGUUUUUACGAAGGCAUCAAUUU